ACUUGCCAACAUGGCGGUGCAUGAGGCUUAGAAGGAAUUCGUUGGCCGCUGCUGUCUCCGCGAUUUUACUGUCAUCGACAGCCGAAAAAUCAUGCACGAGGGCAGCAAAACGAAAAACAUGUUUCUGACCCGAGCGCUUGAGAAGAUCCUAACCGAUAAAGACGUGAGGAAAACUCAUCAUUCCCAGCUCCGCAAAGCCUGUGAGGUGGCCUUGGAAGAAAUAAAAGCUGAAAUAGAGAAACAAAGAGCCGGAGACAAAAAUGUCUCUGCAACACCAAAGGCAAACUUCAUUGAGGCUGAUAAGUACUUUCUUCCAUUUGAGUUGGCCUGUCAAUCAAAAUCCCCUCGAAUUAUCAGCACAUCUUUGGACUGCUUGCAGAAGCUGAUAGCAUAUGGACAUAUCACAGGUAAUGCCCCUGAUAGCUCAACUGGAAAGAGACUGAUUGAUAGGAUUAUUGAAACCAUUUGUGGAUGUUUCCAAGGAACUCAGACAGAUGAAGGAGUUCAGCUUCAGAUAAUUAAGGCACUGCUCACUGCUGUGACAUCAUCUCACAUUGAAAUCCAUGAAGGAACAAUUUUGCAGACUGUCAGGACCUGCUAUAAUAUCUACCUAGCUAGUAAAAAUCUGAUCAAUCAAACUACAGCAAAAGCUACUCUCACACAGAUGCUCAAUGUUAUAUUUACAAAGAUGGAAAACCAAGUGGUACACGAGGCUAAAGAUCUAGAGAAAGGCAGGCAGCAACAGCAUCAACAUCAGCUUCAGCAGUCUCCUGGACCUCAUAGUUUAGUUGGAUCUCCACAACUUGAUAGAAUAGAAGAACAUUCUUGCAGACUGGCUUCUACAGAGGGGGAAGCGGAUACCAUGCAGGAGAAAACCCAAUCUGGAAUCUCAGAAACGGAAAAUGGGACAACAGCAGACCAUAUAGAAGACGACCAUGUAGCAUCUGAUUUUUCUUUGCGUACUGCAGGGAAUGUGGAUGAAAAUCCUGAGGAAGAUGUGAAAACAGAAGAUAUUGUGGGACAAAUAUUGGAGGAAGUGGUGGCCAUUGUGACUGGAGAGGUAGAAGCAAAAAACAAAGAAAAUGGACCUAUGGAAGCAGCUUCUGAAAACCAAGCUGCUGUUGAAUGCGCUGGAAACCUGCAAACUAAUGGAAUCCCUGAAGGCUCACUGCCGCUGCCUGAUAGUACUUCACUAAUUGAUAGGCAGUCCACACCGUAUAAUGAUAUACAGGAGUCCGAAGCUGUGGUACCACCUCCAGUUGGUAUUAAAUUCUCGCACAUUUUGCAGAAAGAUGCGUUUUUGGUCUUCAGAUCCCUUUGUAAGCUUUCCAUGAAGCCAUUAAGUGAUGGACCUCCAGAUCCAAAGUCCCAUGAGCUGCGGUCGAAGAUAAUUUCACUGCAACUACUUCUGUCAGUCCUUCAAAAUGCUGGUCCUGUCUUCAAAACUAAUGAAAUGUUUAUCAAUGCAAUUAAACAAUACCUUUGUGUGGCGUUAUCCAAAAAUGGUGUCUCAUGUGUACCAGAUGUAUUUGAACUUUCACUGGCUAUUUUCCUUACACUUCUCUCACACUUCAAGAUUCAUUUAAAAAUGCAAAUUGAGGUUUUCUUCAAAGAGAUUUUCCUAAAUAUUUUGGAAACAUCCACAAGUACAUUUGAGCAUAAGUGGAUGGUCAUUCAAACUCUGACCAGGAUUUGUGCAGAUGCUCAGUGCGUAGUGGAUAUUUAUGUGAACUAUGAUUGUGAUUUAAAUGCUGCAAAUAUAUUUGAACGCCUUGUGAAUGACUUGUCAAAAAUUGCUCAGGGACGAAGUGGUCAGGAGUUGGGGAUGACACCUCUGCAGGAACUGAGCCUUAGAAAGAAAGGACUGGAAUGUUUGGUUUCCAUCUUGAAAUGCAUGGUUGAAUGGAGUAAAGAUUUAUAUAUAAAUCCAAACCAUCAGACUAAUCUUGGUCAAGAGAAGCCAUCUGAGCAAGAUAACAGCGAAGGCAAACUUGCAGAAGCUACGCGCAGACGAGGGAGUACAAAUUCCUUUGACUCCACUAUAUCAUCAGGUGUUGGGAGUAUUAGUGCUCAGACAUCUGCAGCAGAUGACCCUGAGCAAUUUGAAGUCCUGAAACAACAGAAGGAUAUUAUUGAGCAAGGAAUAGAUCUGUUCAACAGAAAACCAAAGAGAGGUAUACAGUACUUGCAAGAACAAGGAAUGUUGGGCACGACAGCUGAAGACAUUGCACAGUUCCUUCAACAGGAAGAAAGAUUAGAUUCAAGCCAAGUGGGUGAGUUCCUAGGUGAGAACACCAAGUUCAACAAAGAGGUGAUGUACACUUAUGUUGACCAACUGGAUUUCUGUGAGAAGGAUUUUGUCUCAGCACUUCGUAUAUACCUUGAAGGAUUUCGUCUGCCUGGAGAAGCACAGAAAAUUGACCGACUCAUGGAAAAAUUUGCAGCUCGAUAUUUGGAGUGCAAUCAAGGACAGACGCUGUUUGCAAGUGCUGACUCGGCAUAUGUUCUGGCUUACUCUAUUAUAAUGCUGACAACGGAUCUGCAUAGCCCUCAGGUAAAGAACAAAAUGACCAAAGAACAGUACAUAAAAAUGAAUCGUGGGAUCCAUGACAGCAAAGAUUUGCCAGAAGAAUACCUGUCUUCCAUCUAUGAUGAAAUUGCAGGGAAAAAAAUUGCCAUGAAAGAGACAAAAGAAUUUUCAAUCACGCCAAAGUCUACUAAACCAAGUGUAGCCACUGAAAAACAGCGAAGGCUACUGUAUAAUCUUGAGAUGGAGCAAAUGGCAAAAACUGCCAAGGUUCUGAUGGAGGCAGUGAGUCAUGCACAGGCACCAUUUACCAGUGCUACACAUCUUGAGCAUGUCAGACCAAUGUUUAAACUGGCAUGGACACCACUAUUAGCAGCAUUCAGUGUUGGCUUACAAGACUGUGAUGAUCCUGAUGUGGCCUUCCUUUGCCUGGAAGGCAUUCGCUGUGCAGUUAGGAUAGCCUGCAUUUUUGGCAUGCAGAUUGAACGAGAUGCCUAUGCUCAAGCUCUGGCCCGUUUUACACUAUUGACAGCAAGUUCUGGCAUCACAGAAAUGAAGCAGAAGAAUAUAGAUACUAUUAAGACGCUUAUUACUGUGGCCCACACUGAUGGUAACUACCUUGGAAAUUCUUGGCAUGAGAUCCUGAAGUGCAUUAGCCAGCUGGAACUGGCACAGCUGAUAGGUACAGGGGUCAAGACUAAAUAUGUUUCUGGUUCUAUGCGAGCUAAAGAUGGAUUCAUUGGAAGUUCUGGAACUGGAGGAGAAGAAUUCUUAGGACUAGGUACCUUUGGUGGCACUGUGGAUAAAAAACAAAUAGCCAGCAUUCAGGAAUCUGUUGGAGAGACCAGCUCACAGAGUGUAGUUGUUGCAGUGGACAGGAUAUUCACUGGAUCAACAAGACUAGAUGGAAAUGCAAUUGUUGAUUUUGUACAUUGGCUGUGCGCUGUGUCUAUGGAUGAAUUGGGUUCACCUCACCAUCCACGCAUGUUCAGUCUUCAAAAGAUUGUGGAAAUUUCAUACUAUAACAUGGGUCGAAUCAGGCUUCAGUGGUCAAGAAUUUGGGAAGUGAUUGGAGACCAUUUUAAUAAGGUUGGAUGCAAUCCAAAUGAGGAUGUUGCCAUCUUUGCUGUUGACUCCCUAAGACAACUGUCAAUGAAGUUUUUGGAGAAAGGAGAGUUGGCAAACUUUCGGUUCCAGAAGGACUUCUUGAGACCUUUUGAGCACAUUAUGAAAAGGAACAGGUCACCCACAAUAAAGGACAUGGUCAUUCGGUGCAUUGCUCAGAUGGUAAAUUCACAGGCUUCAAAUAUUCGUUCAGGAUGGAAAAACAUCUUCUCCGUAUUCCACCAAGCUGCCUCAGACCAUGAUGAGCCAAUUGUGGAGUUGGCAUUCCAGACUACUGGGCACAUCAUCUUGGAUGUUUUUAAGAAGCACUUUCCGGCAGCCAUUGAUUCAUUCCAGGACGCUGUGAAAUGUUUAGCUGAGUUUGCUUGUAAUGCUGCAUUUCCUGACACCAGUAUGGAGGCUAUCCGACUUAUUCGACAUUGUGCAACAUAUGUGUCUGAGAGACCACAAGCACUAAAGGAAUACACCAGUGAUGAUAUGAAUGUAGCUCCUGGAGAUAGAGUAUGGGUACGAGGAUGGUUUCCAAUUUUGUUUGAGCUUUCCUGCAUUAUUAAUCGUUGCAAAUUAGAUGUCCGUACAAGAGGGCUCACUGUGAUGUUUGAAAUCAUAAAAAGCUAUGGUCAAACUUUUGAGCAACACUGGUGGCAAGAUCUGUUUAGGAUUAUUUUUCGGAUAUUUGAUAACAUGAAACUCCCCGAACAGCAGACUGAAAAGUCUGAAUGGAUGACAACUACAUGUAAUCAUGCACUUUAUGCUAUUUGCGAUGUUUUCACACAGUUCUAUGAAGUUUUAAAUCAUGUACUCUUGGAUGACAUAUUUGCUCAACUACAUUGGUGUGUACAACAAGAUAAUGAACAAUUGGCCCGAUCAGGAACAAACUGUUUAGAAAAUGUGGUAAUACUAACUGGUCACAAAUUCAGUCCUUUAGUCUGGGAUAAAACAUGUGGUUGCAUGCUGGACAUCUUCAAGACCACUAUUCCCCAUGCUCUUUUAGCAUGGCGACCCACUGGUUUGGAGGAGGAGUCUUCAGAGAAGGGUUCAGACUUGGAAGUUGACCGCCAAUCAGUCUGCAGCACAGAGCGAAACCCUUCUGAAAAAGGUCAAAGUCAAGUAUCUAACACCAGUGAUGAAACUUGGAAAAAUAGACCGCAUGCCAGGAUGUCUGAUCAGAAACUCUUUGCUGCCCUCCUCAUCAAAUGUGUUGUGCAGCUGGAAUUAAUCCAAACAAUAGACAACAUUGUGUUCUUUCCAGCAACAAGCAAAAAGGAAGAUGCUGAAACUAUGGCAGCUGUACAGAGGGACUCAAUUGAUGCUGAGGUCCAUAUAGAUACUGAAGAUCAGGGAAUGUACCGAUACAUGACUUCACAGCAGCUUUUCAAACUCCUGGAUUGUCUGUUGGAGUCACAUUCAUUUGCAAAGGCUUUCAAUUCAAAUAAUGAACAGAGGACAACGCUGUGGAGAGCGGGAUUUAAGGGCAAAUCCAAGCCUAAUCUUUUAAAGCAGGAAACUAGCAGUCUUGCCUGUUGUCUUCGUAUACUUUUUCGCAUGUAUACAGAUGAAAAUCGCCAGGAUUCUUGGAACAACAUCCAGAAACGACUACUGAAUGUUUGUAGCGAAGCCCUUGCCUACUUCAUAACACUGACCUCUGAAAGUCACCGUGAAGCUUGGACAAACUUGUUACUGCUCUUCCUUACAAAGACUCUCAAAACUAGUGAUGAAAAGUUUAAGAUCCAUGCAUCAGCAUACUAUCCAUAUUUGUGUGAAAUUGUGCAGUUUGACCUCAUUCCUGAACUCAGAGCAGUUUUACGCAAGUUCUUUCUACGCAUCGGCUUUGUAUUUCAAAUCUGCCAUCUGGAGGAGCAGCGACAAGAAGAUACUACAUAAUGAAAAGUCAGCAUGCAUUUCUACUUCCAGCCUAUAAAUGGAUCCACUAAUAUUACUUGCAGUAAAAGAAAACAUUAAUUUUGGAGCUUAUUUUGAACAUUAUAUUAGACAAUUCCAAAAUAAGUGACGUGUAUUCCGUCUGUCAAAGGGUAUUCCAUGAGGCACUUAUCCUGAAUCCUUGUGUAUUCUACAGUUUGCAUUUUUAUUUUUGUUUAUCUUAAAGGAAUGUCUGUGUUGUUUGCCUCAUUUAUUUUAUGUCUCUAAAAUACCCAGUUUCACCAUUUCAGGGACUUUGAAUUGUUAUGUAUGUCAACAUUAUGGGACACUACUGUCUUAAAAAGUAAAUAUUUGAGGUAAAAAAUUGUUUGAACACUGUACAGUGUAAAAUGAAGUCAUUAAUGUCAUGAAUGAGUUAUGGUUUCAGUGCUUUUAAAUUACGAGUAACUGUUAAACCAAUAGAUGUGUAAUUUUGAAUUGCAGUUGUGAUGUGCCUAGAAACACAAUACAUGAAUUGCUUAUUGAGGGAAUGAUGGUAAUUGAAAGAUGCAGAAAAUUCAGUGAUUCAUUUGAUGAGGCAAAAAUGGCAAUUUUCAUUUGAGUUCCUCCUCUGUGCACAAUUCAAUUUUGUGUUAGGUGGAUGUGAUGAAUUUGAGAUGUUUUUGAUAUAUGCUUCUUGCAUUGUUAUGGUGGAGCUUGCAUACUCAAUUUCCCCCUAAAUUAUGACCACAGUAGAUCUUAAGCACAAUUACAAACUUGCAAUAAGAAAACAAUACUAAUACCGAGAGAAUGAAGCUGGAUUUCAACUUGGCUGUUUUAGAACAAAGUACUUUUCAAUGCAAAACAAUAUACAGAUGAUACAAAAACUCCAGUUGAUGUGUUGAUGGCCACUUUGAUGGUGCCGCAUGGCCAAAUCUCUUCAUAUGUUGCUAGAGAAGUCAGAACAAUUUUCUCACUUUUUUAUCCCUUAGCUAAGGCUCCUUGAAUCCUAUAACACCUCGAGGCCAAAUCCUAAGGCAUGAGAAUGUGGAUUCUUUCUUAAAUUUGUGCAGGAUUUGGCAACAUCUGAAACUCAAUCUAAUUACUUUUAAAACUCUGUAUAAAAGCUGUGCUUACUUCUCUUUAGGGAAACUGAACAUUUUAAACUCAUGAAAAACAUUUGGUUCUGCUUAGCCUCUACUCCUUUAUAUCAAUUGCUGCCUAAUACAUAGCCUGACUUUGCACCAGGAUAUUAAAUAGCAGCUAGGUAUUAAAUAGUACAUAACCAAUGCAUAGUGGACCAAUAUCUUUUGUUCUGAGUUGGAAUUUUGUUCAUUGACACUAAUCUUCCCUCAAGUGAUAGAUAGUUUGUUGAUGAUCUUGAAUUUCACAUCAUGCACAGUUAACUCCAGUGAAUUUCUUGACAAGCACCUGUUUAAGAGCAAGAGUUUAAUAGGUCCUUUAUAUGUUGGUGCCAGGAGAUGCUUGUGCCACCUAAUCCUAAAGUGCAGGUGUCAGUCGGCCAGUUACAAAUUCAGUAUGAAUCUGCAGCAUUUAUCAAAAGGCGAGUUUACAUUGGGCUUGCUGCUAACUUGUGAGGCCUGUGUUUUAUGAACUGACAAUGCAGAACUCCACUGGUGCCAGCCAGUAUAAAGGCUGUAUGUAAAAUAGAAUUAUGUACUUCCUAGACAUUCGACACUUGCUACAACUUAUCUUUAAGCGAAUUGGGUAAGGCUUAAAAUGAAUAGCUAAUAGGCACUUGCAAAUGUCAUCUAAUUAUCACUUCAAAUCAGGACACCAGGUAUUUGUAUCAGUAGAUCAGAUAUUGGUUCUUGUGCAAUUACAUUAGGAAAAACUGGGAUAAGAGAAGAAAAAAAUGACAAAAUCCAUAGUGAUUGCUAAGUUUUACAGUGAUUUCCUACAAAAUUGUGGAGCUCUGAGCUUUUCUCUUGGCUUUGUUAAAGCCAGCAUUAGCAUGUGCCUGGUAGCCCACUGCUCUAUUGGGUAUCAAAUGGUAGGAAGAGUUAGGACCCUUAAAAAUGACAUAAGGUGAUUACCUGAAAGGAUUAUAAAGUUUUCCUGUUGACUAUUAUGCAAUAAUUACUAUGUAUUUAAUUUAUGCACUUGAAGUGAGAGAAAGUAAUCUAGCAUUUAUACAGUAAGAUGACUCUUUAUCGACAACUUUUUGAAAAUAUUGAUUAAUUUGAAUUAAGGCAACAGUUUAACAUCUUUGCACCCCAAUCUUCUCCCACCUAAAAGUGUGAACUCACACUGAAGUCCAGUUGCACAAGCACUGGUUGCACUUUGACCUAAGGGCCACUCCAAAUGUGAAAGCCUAAACAGUGGGUGCCAGUGGGUUAUCGGACUGUGGCAUGCAUUAUAACCAAGAUAGAUACUGUGCUACCACUGCCCUGGUUGACGGCACACACCACACAGACUGAAGAGUCAGUCGAGGAUUCCCUGGUCUACAUGGCUUGUUCUAUCCUGACCAGUGCAUUUACCUCUCAACUUUUGAGACAGUGUGGUGUGAACAGAGUUAAGUUGCCAUGUUGCAAUAAUGAUACACUGAGAAUAACUUGAGGGUGUUGUCCAAGCUGAAAUCUUAUUGUAGUGAAGGGAUGUGAUGUUCAAAUAAUGUUAUUUACUAUAAGUCUCAAGCAAUUCAUAACUAGCUUUCAGAUCUCAGGAUGAGCUAACAAUCUUGAAAUCACUCCAGGUAAUGCGUGUUGACACUUCAUACAGUGAGGUUGAUGGCGAGGAUAGUAUUUACUUCUGGGAUGGUAUUUUUGUUGACCAUGAGUGAGCUCUGUGUUGAUGAGUGAUGACAUCACACAAAAAAAAUGAAGAUUGUGAUGUAAUGAAAAGAUUUAUUAAGUCAUUGCUUACUAUAUCAAACAAAUUAUGUUAAAAUGUCAUAAAUUAUAUGGAAAUGAAGUAGGUAUUUUUAAAUGGGUUGAUUUAUCACAUUACAGAUGCAAUGGGUUCAGCUAUCAAUACAAAUUCUUCUAAGUAGCUCUUUCCUCAAACAUCUUGUCAAAAAUAGUGCUUGAAAAUUGUUUAAAGAUGUGAGAAUAAAUAGAAAGUUUUGUUGUAGCAUUAACUCUGGCAUCAAAUGAGCACUAAAAUUAAUCUCCACCUGUAAUGUAUGUGGCUACUACCAACAAUAUCAAAGGUGUAGAAUUUUUGGUUAGCUGGAAUCUUGCUAUAUUUUUUCUGACUCUCAUUCUGGUUUCAUUUUAUUUUAAUGGUGUGGGUCGUGGUCAUUUGCAUAGUUAUGUAUUUUUUUAAUAAUUUGUUAAUUCAGUUAUGAACAUAAUGACUAAAAAUGGCAGCAGCAAAUUAAUUAAUUUGUGAAAGUUUAUGAAAGUAUGUCCAAUGAUUGACCACAUAGUUGUACCAAGUACUUUAUUUGAAGCAGUUUAUUUGCUGAUAGUUUAAGACAACUCAUUUGUUGCCUAACUCUGUAAGCCGUGUUUCACAUCUAUUCCUUUAGUUGGUUUACUUAGGAAUCUUAUGAACUUUGGUGUAAGCACUAAAAUAGCUUGCAAAGUGUAGGAAGUGCUGCUCGUCUCUUGUGAGACUUCCAUAGGCCUCACAUCAGUUACGUUGUUCACCACCAGCAGCAUGACAGUUAUGAGCGUGAAGCCCAUUUUUAACUUAAAAAGAUUAACACUAAUACAGCCUGGUGCUCUCUAAUUCUACGUGCACUGAUUUGUGUCUCCACUUUUUCUUAAGUAGCAAAACUGUUAGCAGAGCUUGCUGACCAGUAAGUGUUCUUGCCAUGUUUUGCAGAACAUUGAGAUCUAUUGCUGCCUGAACUCUACAGCAGUGUUGUUUAAUAGUGGAGCCAUAAUUCCUCAUUUGCAUUUCUGUUCAGAAACUAUUGAUAAUGCAAUUGGAGAUGUAGUGUAACCUCAGCAAGUGCACCAAGCCAGUUUGACUAUUAAAUAAAACAGGUUGAGCACUUUUUAGUUGGCCUAUUUGUAAAUAAAGUUUGAUCCAUGUCUUGUGAUGCUAAUGCUAUCAUAGUACCCAAUUGAAAAUAAUGCAUUAGCUAUAUUUUCUUGGACUCGCAUUAAAAUCAAAGUACAUGUAUUCUAUGCAACCGAGGUAGGGUAAAAUGGUUAACCUAUGAUAGUUUCAAUUAAGUGAAUGCAUCCUUUAAGUAUCAUGGUUUGUUACCAUGGUUAUCUUGGGUGUUUUUGUUAACAGACAGCAUUUUGUUUCUUAAAGCAUCAUAAUUGCAUUACUCAGUGUUGCAGUUAUUGCUCCUCCCUGCUCCUAGAGGCUUUAAUGGAUGCCUCUGGUACAUCAACAAAGUGGGUAAUCUUCAUAUGUGAUAUUAAGUGCUGAGUAUUGAGAGCCAAUUCUCAUCCAUAGUGUACAUCCAUGGAUUUUCCAGGAGGGCAUCACUGGAUAGUGAUCCAGAGCAGGAUUUUUUUUUCCCCCAGCCAACAACCGCUAUAAACCCUUUUCUGUCUCCAGGCUGAGAUCACCAACUUAUGAAUGAAAAAUAGAACCUUGCUAUUCCAUGUAACUUUGUACCACACCAGGCAAUGUUUUCUCAAUGAGUCAUCAGGGGAGACUAAUCGAUUGUUUUAUCAGAAAUUCCCUUUUGAAGGAAUAGAUAGCUGAUCCCUGACUUUGAUGUCAAAUAAUUCUUUGCCGCCCUAUUGUAGCUUAAAAAAUAUUUGAUUGCUGAAUUAAAUAUCUCAAAUUUGUAAUGAAGUAUGUUCUAGCAAUAUAAAUUUAAUCAGUUAAUUUGCUGGUGCCAUUGAAAUUACAACAAGGGUUUUGCUUAUCCCACCAAAAAUUGUUAAUGGAAACAAUAUGGCUUAAAUUAAAAACAAUCUUAACUGAAUCCUGAAAAAUGUAAUUGUUGUGAUUGCCGCAUCCGAUCGUAGCUCCAUUUCAAUGUACUAUUUGGACUGUUUGUGUGCAGAAUGUUAUGUUUACAUAUUUAAGUUCUAGGACAUUAUGGAGACAAUGUAAAAGUUAAUUAUUAUAAUUAUUAUGAAUAAUUAUUCAUAGGUUUUAAGAAUGGGAAUAUAUUACUGUGAAGUGCAUUAAAGAAUACGCAUAAUUUAAGAGCAUUCCUUGCCACUGUGGAUGUAUAAAUAUUUUGGAGGAACAGAUCAAAUAUAUAAUAUGAAAUAACUAUGUAAAGUUUUCUAUGUCAAGAUAUUCUGUAUAAUACUACUGAUUGGAAUUGGAUAAUCAGUUAAUAAAUCAAUGAGGUUUUACAUCUAAGUUGCUCAUUACAGUUGAUGAUUGAAGCUCAAUUAUUUGCACUAGCGUGCUUUUUAAAGUGUAUGUACCAACAGAUGAUUUGUGUGACUGAUUAUAAAGGUAUUGCUGCUUC